AUGUGUUCUGAAACAUAACCUCAAAGAAUACUCCAAAUCGUAAUAAACUUUUUAUAAAAUAGAAUUGUUAUUUCAUUUUCUUAAAUUUUAAAUAAUCGUUAUAGUUGUUAGUAAGUAAAAUCUAUAUUUUAUAAGAUGACAGUGAUGGACACGGUCGUAAUGGAACACUCUGUCUCAGAGGACGAUUCAGAAGAAUACGAAUCUGGGGGAUCAGAACAUUCCGAUAAUGAAAAUGCAUCAAAUUCAGCUAAUGAAUCUGCCAACGAAUCGGAUAAUGAAAAUUCAGGAAACCAAUCCGAAAAUGAAAAUAGCGGUGAUGAAAAUAAGGGUGUAAAUUUAGGAUGGGCAGAUUCAAUUGCAAAAGUUUUAAAAACAAAUAAACCUAAAGGCAAAAAAACACUUGUAUUAUCAAAAGCGAAAAAAUUAACAGAUUUAAAAAGGAAAGUACCUGAAAAAGAUGAAGAUCCUGGUUUUGAGAUUGAAGGCGAAGUUAAAGAAGAAAAACCAGAACCUGAAAUUAAAGAGGAAAAAGUUGUUGGACCUCCAAGAAAAAAGAAAAAGGAACUACCGUCAUUUCGUGUAAAACCAGACGUCCUCGGAAGAAAUCGUGAGAAAACUUUACAAAAGAUUGCAACACGUGGUGUAGUUCAACUUUUUAACGCUGUUCGAACACAACAGAAAGAUAUUGCUGUAAAAUUAAAAGAAGCUGGACCUUUAGAACGUAAACGGGAGAAAGUAUUAAAAAAUAUCGAUAAAAGAGCUUUCUUAGACGUACUCAUGGGGAACAGUAAAAGCGAAAGUGUUGAUAAUCCUGUUAAAAGUGAUGAAGAUGAAAUUAAAGACGAAAAUAAUAGCGAUAAAAGAAAUCAAGAAAAGAGUAAAACAGGUUCGACGUGGGAUGUAUUACGGGAUGAUUUUGGAAUGGGUGCUAAAAUGAAAGACUGGGAUAAGGAUCUCUCAGGAGAUGAUAGUAGUGAACAAGAAAGUGUAAAUGAUUCAGAUGAUGAAGAUUGAUAAUAAAUUUAGUAUAAAUAAAA